AUGACCUACAGCUGUUCUUACAGUGCGAUAGGGCGGACGGCCUCUCUCUCUUUGACCUCACCUCUGGCGCUUCCCCUGCCCCUGCUGCUGAUGCUGACGCCACUGUUCGCUCCCAGUGGGCCACGCGCGAUGCUGCUGCAUGUCUUGCUGUGCGUCGCCACCUCCCUACCUCCGAGCGUGCGCACUUUAGUCAGUACAAGAGUGCUCAGACCUUGUACGCCGCUGUAGUCGCGCGCUACUCCUCCCCUUCCACUGCUGCACUGAGCCGUCUCAUGCUGCCGUACCUCUUCCCUGACCUUGCUUCUUUUCCCACCGUUGCUGACCUCAUUACGCACCUCCGCACUAGUGACACUCGCUACCGCGCUGCACUUCCUGCUGACUUCUGCACCGCGAACCCCCCCCCCCAUGUACAUCACUCUGAGCCUCUCGAGGUGACCCGCGCACCCCCAUCUUUGAGGGGUGUUCUCCCUCCCCCCUGCUGCCCUCUGUUGCCUCUGCUGCUUCGGCCGACCUCCUUGGUCUUGAGUCGGUCGGUGCGGCGUCUGCCCCUAGCGGGAGACGCCGCCCUGGCAAGGGCAAGGGGGGCAAGGGAGCUGGAGGAGCGGGCGGUGGAGGUGGAGGUGGAGGCAGUGGGGGGAGUGGGGGUAGCGGUGGAGGUGGAGGUGGGGGUGGGGGGUUCGGUGGCGGCAGUGGAGGCGGAGGCCGCGGCGGCGGUGGCGGUGGUAGCGGAGGUGGCGGAGGAGGCGGCGGUGGACGAGGCGGUGGAGGCGGCGGCGGCAGUGGAGGCAGCGGAGGCGGUGGAGGCGGUGGGGGUGGCGGUGGAGCUGGUCGCGGGUCUUUGCAGAGGAGUGGCUCCGGUGGUGGCUCGCGCCAGCAGCAGCAGCGUGGUCGUGCGACCCUGUCCCCUCAGCAGCUCCGUGAGUGGUACACUGCACGCCAGCGGGCCCGAUCCGGGCAUUGAGACUGCUGCUCUAGGUACUGGUGAGGCUGCUGCCCUAGGUGCUUACGACGCUGCUGCUCUAGGUGCUGGUGUGUCUGCGUCCUCAGGUACUGGUGAGUCUGCUCUCUCAGGUACCGCGUCGGCUUCGGCCUCCCUCACCUUCACUCUUGACUAUGGGGCGUCUCGCUCCUUCUUUCGGGACCGCACCACACUCACGCCGCUUAGUCGGCCGGUUGCGGUGUCUCUGGCUGACCCCUCUGGGGGUCCGGUCCUGUCUCGUUUCUCCACAGUCCUCCCGUGUCCGGCGGCUCCCUCUGGCACCCUGUCUGGUCUCUACCUCCCCUCGUUCUCGACGAACCUGGUGAGUGGUGCUGACCUACAGGAUGCGGGUGUCCACCAGUUCACUCCUGCACGUCAGCGAGUGACCCACUGUACAGAGGCUGGCACAGGCCGACACCUGGCUACGUUCACCCGUCAGCCGGGGUCGAGCCUGUACACUCUGACCACUGCGUCUCCUCCAGUUGCUGAGUCUGGUAGGGUAGUUACGUCGGGUCAGGUGUUUGCUGCGGCGUCCAGGUCUGGUCCUGAGUCUGCCCCCUGUUCGUGUCGUCUCCUGUCUCACGAGACUCUCCUCUGGCACCACCGCCUUGGCCACCCCUCUCUGCUUCGGCUCAGAGGUAUGGCCUCCCGUCUUCUUGUGUCCGGUCUCCCCCGGUCCCUCCCUCCCCUUCCUCAGGGCCCUGGCCCUACCUGUGUCCCCUGUGUCGAGGGGCGCCAGCGUGCUGCCCCUCACUCCUCCCAGUUUCCUUCGACAGAGGCCCCGUUGCAGACACUUCACAUGGACGUGUGGGGCCCAGCCCGCGUCCGUGGACAGGGUCACGAGCGCUACUUCCUGCUCGUUGUUGACGACUACUCGCGUUACACCACAGUCUUCCCCUUGCGCAGCAAGGGUGAUGUCACUGAGGUGCUGAUCGACUGGAUCCGCGCAGCUCGUCUCCAGCUCAGGCAGAGCUUCGGCUCGGACUUUCCUGUUCUGCGUGCCUACUGUCGUGCACGGGGCAUCCGUCAGACCUUCACGCUUCCGGACUCACCGCAGCAAAAUGGGAUUGCUGAGCGCCGCAUUGGCAUGGUCAUGGACGUCGCUCGUACGUCUAUGAUGCAUGCGGCUGCCCCCCAUUUUCUGUGGCCGUUUGCGGUGAGGUACGCGGCGCAUCAGAUCAACCUCCACCCCAGGGUCUCCAGGCCGGAGACCUCCCCAGCCUUGCUGUGGACGGGAAAGGUUGGCGAUGCGUCGGCGUUCCGGGUCUGGGGAUCUCGGGCGUUUGUCCGCGACCUGUCUGCGGACAAACUAUCCCCUCGUGCUGCUCCUUGCGUCUUCCUGGGGUUCCCCCCUGACGCGCCUGGGUGGCAGUUUUACCACCCCACCUCUCGCCGUGUUCUGUCCUCCCAGGACGUCACGUUUGACGAGUCGGUCCCCUACUACCGCCUCUUCCCCUACCGCACUCCGUCCCUCCCCCCACCCCCACUCUUCCUGGUACCAGGUCCCCCCCAGGUAGACCCCCUCCCCCCUCAGGGUCCUGCCCCUUCAGGUGUGUCCCAGGUAGACGCAGUCGAGCCUGUCGAGGUCACUGGUGACUCUGGUGCUGCUGAGGGUGCUGAGGCUGGGGGUGCUGUACCUGGGGGUGCGGAGCCUAGGGGUGCUGGGCCUGGGGGUGCUACGUCUGGGGGUGCUGAGCCUAGGGGUGCUGAGCCUAGGGGUGCUGAGCCUGGGGGUGCUGAGCCUGGGGGUGCUGAGCCUAGGGGUGCUGAGCCUGGGGGUGCUGAGCCUAGGGGUGCUGAGCCUGGGGGUGCUACGUCUGGGGGUGCUGAGCCUAGGGGUGCUACGCCUGGGGGUGCUGAGCCUGGAGGUGCUCCGCCUGGAGGUUCUCCGAGUGCUUCGUCUCGCCGGGAGCCACUUUCUCCACAGGAGCUGCGUGAGUGGUUUGCCCGGCGCUGGAGGCGUGCUGCUGGUGCUGGAGGUCCUUCGGCUGCUGAGGGUGCUGCGGUCGCGGGUCCCGGAGGUGCUCGUCCUGGGUGCACUGGAGCUGGUGCUGCUGAGGGUGUUGGCGCUGAGACUACCGCUGGCAGUCCUACUGGGGGUGCUCCUGGUGCUGCUGGAGGUUCUGGAGCUACUGGUGGUGCUGCUGGAGCGGGUGCUCCUGCUGAGGGUUCUGGUGCUGUCCCUGCUGCUUCUAGCGUCGCCGCGCGGCCUCGACCGUACUUCGUUCCACUCCUGCAGCAGGUUCUUGGUCUUCCACCUUCUACUGGUCCUCCUCCUCCCUUAGAGUGUCCACAGCCUGUCUCGUCCCAGCUACAGUUGCAGCCUACCUCCCCUUUGCCUGCUCCUUCUCCCUACACUGGUCCUACUGGAGGUCUGGCUGAGCGUCGUGAGCCUGCGUCUCGCCCUGCGUCGCCUGUCCGUGCUGCUCGCACUAGUGGUCGCGGUUCGCGUCAGCGUCCUCCUCCUGUCCCUGGCACGCACCGGAUGUCUCUGCGUCCGUCCACUGCUCCUCUGCGUGCCCCUUUGCCUUCUCCUCCUGAGUCCUCUCUUCCUGCUCUUGCCGACCCGGAGUCGGACUCUCUUCGUGCUGCCAGUCCUACUGUCACGCGUCUCCUUGCUACUGUUGUCACUGACCCUUCUUUCGAGUCUACUGCUGCGUCUGCUCUCGUUACUGAGCUCGUCGACUUUGCUGCUCGCUGUCGCUUAGACUACGCUGCUAGUCUUAUCGCUGAGUCUGAGUCUGUCUGUCCUCCGUCCGUCGGGGGUGAGUGUGCCCUUGGCACGGACGUCCUUGAGGACAGGCAGGAGGAGUUCCAGUGUCUGGCAGCUGCCUCACCUCAUCUCGUGUCCGUACUGCUUACCCCUGAGGGAGACCCGGAUGCACUUGACAUCCCGACUCCGCGCUCUUACGCGGAGGCGAUAGAGGGUCCCUACUCCUCUCAGUGGCAGGCAGCUAUGGAUGCAGAGAUGGCUUCCUGGAAGUCCACAGGCACCUACGUUGUCCCCCCUCCUGGGGCGAACAUCGUCAGUGGCAUGUGGAUCUUCAGGGUGAAGCGGCCGCCGGGUUCUCCGCCUGUCUUCAAGGCGCGUUACGUGGCUCGUGGCUUCAGUCAGCGGCAGGGAGUUGACUACUUUCAGACCUUCUCCCCCACCCCGAAGAUGACCACUCUUCGGGUACUGCUGCACGUUGCUGCUCACCGUGACUACGAGCUGCACUCUCUUGACUUCAGCACAGCUUUCUUGCAAGGCAGCCUGCACGAGGAGAUCUGGCUGCGUCGCCCACCUGGCUUCACUGGGUCUUUCCCUCCUGGUACCCAGUGGAGUCUCCGGCGUCCAGUCUACGGUCUCCGCCAGGCGCCACGUGAGUGGCACGACACACUGAGGACUACGCUUGCGGCUCUUGGGUUUGCUCCUUCUACUGCCGACCCGUCGCUGUUUCUACGCACCGACACCUCUCUGCCGCCGUUCUACAUCCUCGUGUACGUCGACGACUUGGUCUUUGCCACAGCUGACACUGCUGGACUCGCCUACGUGAAGUCCGAGCUGCAGAAGAGACACACGUGCACAGACCUGGGUGAACUGCGCAGCUACCUUGGCUUGCAGAUCACCCGGGACAGAGCACGCCGCACCAUUACCCUGACUCAGUCACACAUGGUGCAGCAGGUCCUUCAGCGCUUCGGCUUCACGUACUCCUCGCCUCAGGCCACUCCUCUGUCUACUCGCCACUCGCUCUCAGCUCUGCCUUCGGAUGAGUCCGUAGAGUCGAGUGGCCCGUACCCAGAGCUUGUUGGCUGCCUCAUGUACCUGAUGACCUGCACACGACCUGACCUUGCAUACCCUCUUAGCAUUCUUGCACGCUAUGUUGCUCCUGGGAGACACAGACUAGAGCACAUGGCUGCAGCGAAGAGGGUGUUGCGCUACUUGUGCAGUACGUCGGGCAUGGGGCUAGUGCUUGGAGGGCGGAGUCCAGUGGUCCUCACUGGGCACGCGGACGCUUCUUGGGCUGACGACCAGGCUACGCAGCGGUCGUCACAGGGUUACACCUUCAGCCUUGGUUCCGGCUCUGUUUCGUGGCGGGCUACUCGCUCGUCUUCUGUUCUUGGCUCGAGUUGUGAGGCUGAGAUCUACGCCGGGGCCAUGGCUGCACAGGAGCUUCGCUGGCUCACCUACCUGCUGACCGACCUUGGAGAGCCGCCUCGUUCUCCUCCAGUCCUGUACGAAGACAACAAGGCCAUGCUGGCCUUGUGUCGAGAGCAGCGACUGGAGCACAGAACAAAGCACAUUGCUCUCCGCUACUUCCUUGCUCGUGAGCUACAGCAACGUGGACAGUUGCGGCUUGCGUACGUGGCCUCUGAGGCCAACACUGCUGAUGUCUUCACCAAGGCACUUCCGCCUUGUGAUCAUCAGCGCUUCUGCACUCAGCUGGGUCUUGUGCCCGUCUUGCCUCACUUGCUCUCCUCUUGA